AUGUGGCGAUCGAUUUGGGGCGGGUUGGUCGCCAAGCAUCGGCCAAGCCAAACUGUUGCGUCUGUCGAGUGCUGGUUUUGUCGAUUCCGCUGCCAAGUCGCCGUCGACGCCGUCAACUCGUGGACAUGCACGUCAUGCCUUCAGUACAACGGAUUCGACGAGGAUGGCGAUUACAACCAGCCAAUCCCGGGCCAGGCGGACGAGAGCCUCAAUCCGCGGUUUCACGUGGCCUCUUUGGCCCUAUCCGCCCAAACGCCGACAUGGCGCUUUGGUCAGCAGCCAGCGAACUUGCAGCAGUCGCAUCCUGUGCUGUGCACAUCAUGUAGUCGGAAUCAGGAAAUCAAGAUGGCGCAGCUAGCAUCAUUCGAGCCGCAAAACGAGAAUGCAUUUGACGAGGAAGUGGACGCCUACCGACUCCGGCUUGAACGGAUAUUUUCACUCUGCGGUCGAUGCACCGCAGCCGUGCAAUCCGAGCUCGUCCGGCAGCGGGAGGCCGAAACUCUCCAGCGAGUUGAAGAGCUCAUCAAUAGAACACACCAGCGACCUAUUCCUAAGUCAAUACGACCUCACAUCGAGAUAGGUCUUGUGGCAUGUACACAAGUGGCUGCUUCCAUCUUGGACUGGCUGCUCGUCUUGGUCACGCUGGGUGCAUUACUUGAAGACGACUUUGAGCUAGGGCUACAAUCAGACCUCCACUAUUCGUGGUUUGGGCAAACAAUUGCUGUGGCCGUGUCAGGGAGCCUUUAUAAAUUAGCUCCUGCCCUGGUUGACACGCUCUUCACCACCAACCAGGGGCAACAUGCAAUGCAGUUUCCAGCCGUCGCCAUUGAAACAGCUCUUACCAGCUAUUUGCCUUACAUGUCAUUGUUGCAGCUCUUUGCAGUUUUGCUCAUUUGCCGAGCCAAAAAGAAACGACUUCAACGGCUUCAUCUCUGGUCGUUGUUAAUUCGAAGCUGCUUGACAUUGAUUUUUUUGAGCAUCGUUGGGUUUGUAUCCAAUUCCAAGCAUUCCUCAAUGGCUAUUGCUCUGCUUUUCGGUUUAUCCGUCACGAACGGCCUUGUCUUUUCGUUCGUGUCUAUUGUGCACUCGUUAUCGUCUGUGACGACGGUGCCCCUUGUCGUUUCCACAUCGCUUCCUGCAUCGCGUUCGUACUCGCCGGCGCCAUCAGAAUAUGGACACCACUGUGCGCACGAAGACGAGCGAGAGCAUUUGGCUUUGGAUGCACUAUCGCUUCAUGAUGCAGGCAAGGCGAGGGACCGCUCCACCCCUAAACCCUUGCAUGGACUGGGCAGGACUUCCUCAGGCUCAGCACCAUCGCCGUCUGUGUCGCUCCCGCCGUCUCCGGCAGUUAGCAGUUUGGCGGACUUGGAUUCAUCGCCCAGGCUGAAGCCGCGACUAUCCAAUCUUAUUCUUCCAGCCUCAAUCGUACUGCCUGAUCGCCCUUCGCCUCUGCGACCUCCGGUGUCGCUGUGGGCGAAACGCGACUUGGAAAUGAUGCAAAUCGAUUCCCCUUCCAUUCAUGAAGCAAGUACGACCACACAGAUGAACAUCGAACCCCUUGUGCCAGCCUCUUUGCCGAAUCUUGCCGAGGAAUUUGAAGAACUGGAUCGGCUGCGAUCUCCAUCCCCAGUGCAAGAGUCUCCCAAUCUGCAGCUCGCACUCGUGGAUCGUGCCAGCCAAGUGCUGCUGCAUCUAACACGGCUGAUUCCAUUCUCUCCAUUCCUCGUGGCAGGAAUCGCUAGUGUGGUUUUGAAUAUCGCCUUUGGGAUGGUUGUAGUGAGCGUGUGGCGUGGCACGUCAAGUCCUGAGGCUCCAGUCGUGCCUACUACAGCAAGUUAGUUUGCGCACGACCGAGUUCUGCCUGCCGAAACUGUGCCUUCGGCCAAAGACACCAAAAGUGAACGACUCCAAUUUCAUUGUACUUGUAUUUUCCAAUAACGCACACAUUCUCUACACACGCAAUACUACAUGACACGG